AUGGAAACCGAUGAAGUAGACAAUGUUUUAUCACAGCAGAUGAGCUGCAUGGUUACAAAUGACAAAGAAGCGCUGAUUCGUGAAUUCCAAAAGAUUAUCGGCGACUACUCGGUGACGCCAGAGACAUGCGCCUUCUUCCUAGACAUGUCGAAUUGGAAUCUUCAAUCAGCCCUCGGUGCCUACUACGAUAUUGGGAUCUCAAAUAACGCACAUUUGCUAGCCGAAGUCAACGUCUCACAAUUGGGUCUGAGGCUCGUCAAGGAUGUAACAAUUGGCGAGGGUGAAAGUGUGCCUCCAAAUACGCGAUUCGUCAAAACGUGGAGGGUGCGCAACACGGGUAAUAUGCAUUGGCCAGAGGGAUCUUCGAUUUCAUUUAUGGAAGGUCACCGUAUGUGUCUGUUGGAUUGCGUAGAGGUGCCACCCUUGGCACCAAAUGGAGAGCUGGACGUGUCGGUGGACAUGUUGUCGCCGAACGAACCCGGAAUUUACCAGAGCCGUUGGCAGUUAAAUAGCCCUCAGAAGAUCCCGAUUGGAGAGUCGAUCUGGUGCAUAAUUGCGGUCGACACCGGCGGAAUAUUGGAUAUUACGCAGCAGCUAGCCUCCGCUCCGUUGCACGAUUCUAGCAGUCACUAUUCGGGUUUUGGAGAAGCAGCGCCUCACACCUACAACUCCGACAUCAACCCCUUUGCCUCGGACCCCCGGAGAGGUUACCACGAUUCGGACAUGAACGAUGACAUGGAUUCUGGGAACGUCACCGAGGCGAACAGUCCUUUUGAAUUGACGGCCCAGCUGCAACGGGUCUUUUCUUCACAACCGGUUUCGAUUUUGAGGCGAGAAGGUACCGAAGGGCCUCCCUGUACUCCUUGCACUCCCCCGACACAUCCGGAUCUCCAUAACUGGAUGAAUCCUGAUCGUCAG